CAUUUGAGCUAUUCAUAUCUGUGACAAAAAGUCUACUCGCUUGUAGCAUUGAUUUCAGUUUCAAGUUACAUUUCAAGUGCAACGGUUUUAUUCUCCGUUUGAGAUUCAGAAAACAAUUAAAUUAUAAAGUGCAACAUUUUGUUGUGCGCAAAGGCAAAUCCUUCACAUUUUUGAAAAAAAAAAAAAAAAAAAAAAACAAUCAUGAAAAAUAUUGAAAUUCAGUGAAAUAAAGGUACAAAUUAAAAUUAUUUUGAAGUGAUACCAAUUAAAUUGUUGGUAAAAAAUAAGUUGAAGCGGUAAAAUAUGACACACGGUGGGCCCGUGAAAAGGCAGAAAGCCAGUAAAAAUUCUGCCAACGUUGAUGAUGAACUUCCUAUUACACCCCCGGAUGGCGGUUAUGGUUGGGUGGUUGUCAUCGCUUCCUUUUUCAUUCAUAUCAUUACUGAUGGGAUAACUUACUCAUUUGGUGUGAUGUAUGUGGAAUUGUUGAAGGAGUUCAAUGAAGGCAAAGGUUAUACAAGUUGCAUACUCUCGCUGCUUUGUGGUAUGACUUUAUGCUCAGGUCCUAUUUCAUCCUCGUUCGUCAAUAAAUAUGGCUGUCAGGCUGUUACUAUCGCUGGUUCCAUAAUUGCUGCGGCCUGUCUUCUAGUCAGCUAUUAUGCACAGAAUAUUUUUACAUUAAUCAUAACUAUUGGUCUGGGCCUGGGCUGUGGAUUAGGUCUCAUCUAUCUACCGGCUAUAGUUAGUGUUUCGGCGUAUUUCGAAAAGUAUCGAUCUAUCGCAAUUGGUAUCGCUGUAGCCGGUAGCGGUUUGGGAACUUUCAUCUUUGCACCGCUCGUUGCAAUUUUUAUCGAAACUUUGGGCUGGCGCAAAACGUUGCUCGUUCUUUCUGCCAUUGUAUUGAAUUGUGCGUUGUUCGGUGCUUUAUUCAGACCACCAAAAUCUCGGCCAGCAAAUUCCAUCGAACAAUCAAAUACAAAUGAAAAAGAAAUUGAGUGUCAUCAAAAUAAUGGAAUUGAUUAUAAACCAAGUACGAAAUCCGACACUCUUAUGACUCGAUCACAAAGUGUUGGCCAUAAUAUGCGAACAAAUAAUCAUCAACAUAAUGAUGACGUUAGAUACAUGUUGUCACAACCGUUACUUACGAAUGCUGGUCGCGAAAUUAAGCCACUGAGUGAAUCACGUAGAAGCUCAAGCAUUCUUUCACGGCCCGACAUUUUCUAUCAGGGGUCACUGCACAAUAUUUCCAAUUUUCGAUCCCAGAGUGAACUGCGGAAUGAUGUCGAAAAGUUUGGCUCACUUCCGCGAGUUGAAGAAAAUGAAAUGGAAUCACCAUCACCGCCCACGAAAUGUUGGUGUUUCAAUAGCGACGAAAGUUUUCUUGAAAUGAUAAAUUUUCAAUUGCUUUCCGAUCCAAUUUUUCUGAUUUUUGUACUGUCUAAUUUUUGUACGUGUCUCGGAUUUUAUGUCCCCUAUUUUUGCUUGGCUGACAAAGCCAAAAUGUACGGUUUAUCAACUGAAGAAGCAAGUUAUAUUCUUGCUGCCAUCGGAUGUGCAAACACAAUUGGACGAAUUGUUUUGGGUUACAUAUCCGAUAAAUCAUGGGUUAACCGAUUGUACGUUUACAAUAUUUGUCUCUUUUCUUGCGGUAUCGCAACUGCUGCAUCUAUUUUUUGCGUGGACUUCAUUUCAUUAACUAUUUAUGCGAGUGUAUUUGGAUUCACGAUCGGGGCAUAUGUCGGUUUAACAUCAGUCAUACUGGUCGAUUUACUUGGAUUGGAUAAACUGACAAACGCAUUUGGCAUUUUAUUGUUGUUUCAAGGUUUAGCCUCGUAUAUUGGCCCACCCAUAGUCGGUUUUCUAUACGAUCAAUCACAAUCUUAUACGCCUGGUUUCAUUUUUGCUGGCUCUAUGAUUGCCUUGAGUGGCUUCAUCCUAUUUUUCAUACCGACAUUACAACGAUACUUUGCGCGGAGACAAAUGAGAAGCGAAAUUAAAAAGAAUGCGCAAUAACACUAAGAAAUAGCAGAGAUUAAAUCAUAUUAAUAAAUGAAAAUACAUUGUUUGAA